AGUUUACAUUCUACAAAAGCAACGAAUUCUGAGAGAUGAGCGGCAUUUUACAAAGCACGGAUACUCUUCGAUUAACGGAGAAAUCUACAACAGUUGGAAGUGUUCUAACAUCCGACUAUAUCUACUAUAAUUACGAAUAUGACGAGUAUAUGUACCCAGGAUAUCCAUUUGAACGGCCGUUCUACUUGUUCAUUUGGGAGAUUCUAGUCAUCAUAACAUUCAUUUUGAACUUCAUCGUGCUAUCAGUGUUUAUCCGAAGGAAAAUGCUCAGUCCAACGAUGGUCAUACUAUCUGCCAUCGCUAUUUCGGAUUCUCUGACCGGACUCGUGACCUUGCCGGCAUAUAUCCUGGUUUUCCAAGAACAUGAGUCCGCACUUACCCCAGAAACAUUAAUGACUUAUGACAUUCAUUAUGAUCAGUUUGAUGGGCAUGAUAAUCAAGCGGAGAUAAAAGAUGUAGAAAUGACUGACUUUGUCACACUCACUAUAGCAAAUACAACGCAAUAUUACGAAACAUAUACUAUGGCUCCUAUUGAAGGAUAUACACUGUCGAAAAAUCUUUGCCGUUGCUUUAUGGUCACAAAGUUUUUCUUGUCCAGCUCAUUUCAUACUAUAUCAAUGUAUUUGACGCUUUUCCUUGGAAUACAAAGGUACAGUUCAAUAGCUAACCCGUUUACAAACGAGAUGACUUUCAGUUUUAAAAGAACGGUGAUUUAUUGCGUGGUGAUAUUUGUGCUUACACCGGCAUUGCACUCGUACCAUUUAUUUGGAGAGAGAGCCACUAACGGCAUGUGCCAAUGGGAAAUAACCGAUACCCAAUGUAGCGCAGAUUGUAUCUAUCUAUGGGCAGCGUUCGUUAUUCGGCAUUUCAUACCAUGUUUGGCGCUUAUUUUCUUUACUGUCAUGUUUAUAUGCAAAUUACGAAAAGUCGGACGACAGUUCGUGAAAAUGUCAAGUUGCAAGAGGCAAAUUAUGACAAGAAUAAAAGAUAAUCGACGUAUAUCUUUCGUCGUCACAGCAAUUGUGAUUUGUCGUCUGCUACCAGAAAUCCCGUAUUGUAUCUUCCUCCUAUAUAACGGAAUAGAUAAAUCUGUUAACAACGGGAAGAACAUUCACUUAAAAACGAACAGAAUGUUUCAUAUGUCUUAUGAAUUAGCACUGAUGAUUUCGUUCCAGUGUAACUUUUACAUAUAUGUGAUUUUUAAUAGGAACUUUCGAAGUUGUCUUUUCGGAAAAUGCAAAACGUGUACGAAAGAUGGGUGUGAAAGUCGUCUGAAACAAGAGGGCAAGCAUUGUGGGCGUUUUUCUGACACAGCCUUGACAAGUAUCGCGGAUAGAGAUUGACGAGAGCGUCUGAUUUUAAACGAACCAAUGAAACAACAAUCCAUAUAUAGCUGGGUGAAUAUUGACCAAUCACGGAAUUGCAAUACUUAAAGGCCUCCGCGCAAUUAUGGACGCUUCGGCAUUGUUACUUGUAUCUAGUUAAGUCAUGAUUUAUGAAUGCGUGCUUCAUGUAAAUAAAUAAGUAAAUAUAAA